AGCAGACGAAAGCACAAGGAAUAUCACUGUGGACUUCAUGGGUGAGAGAAAGAACGAGCAUUUUCACAGAAUAAAUGAUUUUUAUUAUUCUUUCCUCACAUUGUUGAAGUUUAUCACUUGCUUUUCGGCAUCAAAACUGUGACGGGCGAUACAUGCACCUACAGGAGGACGCCUAUUCAUUUCUUAAAGUGUAUUAAAUAAGUAUGGAAGCUCGGAGUAUAUGUGGGCUAUAUAUUGCCGUCAUCAUUUCUAAAUGAGGACUUGUUUAUGUAAAAGCUCCAAAUUGGUUCUUAAUCACUGACAUUCUCUUUUAAAAGUGACUUCGGUCUUUUUUGCGCGUGGACACCUCGCGCGUCCUGGAAUAGCCUACAGUGGAUUUUUUACAUCAUUACGAAGCGUUGCUGAGCCUCACAAGCGAUGUUCAACUUUCCUUUGAGAUUCUCCACCACACAGCUGUGUGUACUGAGGCUUAUUUAGACGGACCACUCAUUCGCGACCACCAGUCUUCUUUUAACAACAGACACUUGUAGCACAGCACUACAAAUUGGGACUUUUCAAGGAUAUAUAUUUAGUGUUGAAUGUGCUCCUCAGACGCUUCAGAAGACAUUUAAAACCCGCGAAACAAAUCAUGGCUGUCAAGAUGACAACAUUUAGUUACUGCACCGCAGGAGAGACUCGUGUCGAGAUGCUCGGAGGGCGAAACAUCUAACCUAAUCUGUUUCUUGCUUGUAAAAAGAUGAAGGCUGUAUAUACCGUGCUGUAGACUCUGAGGAAGAUUUGUCGGUGGGAAAAAAACUGACCCGUUCCCUUCUCCUUCCUUGACCAACUUCAGAGGAACUGAAGAUGCUGCGUCUCAGCCUAGCUGGGCUCAUAUUCUUCAUGCUUUGCAGAGUCAUUGACAGCCGGAUGCUGAUGGAAGGACUGCAGAGAUUUGGUGCCAUCCCGACGUAUCUUCCGGUCCAAUAUCAGGUGUUAAAUGCAGAGUCUGCCUUCUUCCUGAAAGAAGCCAACCAGGACAUCAUGAGGAACUCCAGCCUGCAGGUUCGUACAGAACUUUUCUUUAUCCAGCAAGCCAGAAAGACACCAACGGUCAAUGCUAGUUACGGACCGUUUUAUGUGGAACAGCCCGUGCCCAUGGAGCUUCUGGGCCCGGGACUCAUCAACAGCCCUUCAUCCACAUCCCCAUUAUCCACUUCCUCGCCACUCUUUAGUUUUAAUUGGAAAAUACAGGCUUUCAUUAUCAGUGAGCGAAUCCAUCCCAGUUGGCCAAAGGUUCAGGUUCUCUUCUACUUAGUAGGCCGGGACUGGGACGACUACAGUGCCAUGGACAAAUUGCCGUGUGUCAGGAUGUUUGCCUUCCAUGAAACCCAAGAGGUACGAGGCACCUGUCAUCUGAAAGGGGAACUCGGACUGUGUGUGGCUGAACUGGAGCCACUACCUAGCUGGUUCAGUCCUCCUAGUGUCAUACCAGGUCGACAGAGAUCUCCUGAGCUGGUUGAAGGCACUCCCGUGGAGUUGUAUUACAUGCUACAAUCCACCGACACUGGGGAAUGCAGCUCUGAGGACUCCCGUAAGACCAAUUCCAUCCGCACUGGCCAACUGGGACCGGCUGGUUACUUCUCAGGACCCACACCCAUGCGCAGGAUCGGCAGUGUACGGCUGUUCCAGCCACUCUCUGAGCUGCGUUUGGACAGUAACUUUGUGGUGAUGGUUCCCUCAAGACCCAUCCGGCAGAGGGAGACGGUGUCAGGCUUCCUCGCUGUCUCCACCCUUUCGUCAGUAGAGAUCUUCACUUUAAGAGUCAAGUUGAAGGAUGGUGUGGCGUUUCUGGGGGCGAGGGCCAGUAACCCGGUUCAGUGGACAGUUAGUCAAGACGUCAGGAGUGAGGGACACAGAGUGGUCACUCUACACUGCCGUAGGAAGGAAGCCAACUUUGGAAAAAGGGUGGAGGCCGGUUUCCAGAAGGUUUUACAGGUGGAUCUGGAGGUCAACGGGUUGUUGGAUCCUCUGGGAAGUCGCUCAGUGACAUGGCAGAUUGAGUACCCCAUCUCCCGGACCCUCUCAGACGAGAUCCAGACCCUCAUCCGUCUGGCACCACACGACCUUGGCGGCAUCGUGCCAUUGGCUAUGGAGACAGAGAUCCUUAACACCGCUGUGCUCACUGGGAAGACAGUUGCCAUGCCAGUGAAGGUGGUCACCGUCGGAACCGAAGGUACUGUGACCGAUGUGACCGAGUCUGUGGAAUGUCGCUCGACGGACGAGGACGUGGUUAAGGUGUCCGAAAGGUGCGAUUAUGUGUAUGUCAAUGGCAAGGAGACACGUGGGAGAGUGCGGAUGAUGGUGAACUUCACCUACAGUUACCUCAGUGCUCAGCUGGAGGUGAGCGUGUGGAUGCCUCGUCUCCCCCUGCAGAUUGAGAUGUCUGAUCCAGAGCUCAGCCAAAUCAGGGGCUGGAGAGUUCCUUUAGAUGCUGCCAACCAGAGGUCUGGAGAGGAUGAUGGGGAUGAAGGAGCCAAGAAGGACCGGAGCUGUGGACCACAGUACCAGAGCUCCACCGUCCGUGUCCUCACACACUUUGAGGCCGAGCCAGAGGAGUGGCAGGGCCAGUCAGACUUCCUCUUGGGGAGUGAUUGGCAGGUGGACGUGACAGAGCUGGUGAGGGACUCAUUAAGGGUGGGGGAUGACCGCGUGGCCAAGCUGUCAGAGGAACAGGUCCUGAUCGGUCUGAACACUGGCACCACCAAAGUUCAGGUGAUGUCUCCAUUGUCCGACUCGGUUCUGGCGGAGAGGAUGAUCCGGGUUCUGGAUGAUAAAGUCAGUAUUACAGAGCUGGGCGUACAGCUGGUCUCUGGCCUUUCCCUGAACCUCCAGCUCAGCCCAGGAAGCAACAGGGCCAUCGUUGCCACAGCUACCACACAGGAGACGAUGCACAAUCCUAAUCAGGAGUCCCUUGUCAGUGCGUGGCUUCAGUUCAGCGAUGGCUCAAUGACCCCUCUUGACCUCUAUAACCCUGCACAUUUCGUCCUAACAGCCACCUCGCUAGACGACACGGUGGUAUUGGUGAGAAAAAGCACCACCUGGAGGUGGCCUGUGGUGGUUGCUAAGGGUGAAGGGCAAGGUAUGUUGGUCCGCCUGGAGAUGUAUGGACCCGAAUCAUGCCUGAAAACCAAGCGCCGCACACUUCUGGCCGCAGGCAACGCGAACGUCCAUGUGAAGUUCGGCCGUGCCGAUGAAACAGGGAACAGUGCGAGUGACAGGAGAUACAGGCCCAAUGCCCCAUACUACGGAGGUUCAAUCUCAGACAUGGAGGCUGGAAUCAUGAACCGAGGCGCUACCACCAUCAAAACCUCCAUUCCAGGUAAAGCAAGCGGUGACAGGCUCUCGGCUGGUGAUAUUCCAGUCGAUUUCUCAGAAUUCCCAGCUCAAGCAGAUCUUCCACCUGGACAUAACACGGAGGAAGACUUGCUGCAGUCUCGCCGCGGGCUCACAGAUUUGGAAAUAGGCAUGUACGCCCUGCUAGGCGUCUUCUGCCUGGCUAUCUUGGUAUUCCUAAUCAAUUGCGUCUCCUAUGCCCUGAAGUAUCGCAACAAGCAGCUCCCGUUGGAGGGCCAGGAGACCAUGACUCAUGCCCACGACUGGGUUUGGUUGGGCCAUGAUGUAGAGCUUUUGGAAAGCCAAGCGGGUUUGUGUCUUGAUCAAGAGGAGCUGGGUGGGACCAUGGACUCUGGGCUGGGCCUGGAGGAAGGUAGCCAGCUCCUCAAUGGCCUUUCCUCUCAGAAGAGUGUGCAAGGGCAGGUCCACAGGUCGGCCUCUGACUCAGUGUGCACUGGAAGAGAUCACAAGAGCGAGUCUAUAAACUCGCCCACAACCAAACGGAAACGAGUCAAGUUCACCACUUUCAGCCAUAGCAAGCCCAGCAAUGGCUGCCCAUCCAUAAGUCCACUUCUCAUUGGUCAGAGCGACAUCAAAUGGGUUUGCCCAGACAUCGAGCUCGGGGACUCCAAAGAGCUCAGAAAUUAUAUGGAAAGGUUGAACGAAAAUGCUACUAAGAAUAUUGCAUAGUUGGCUUGAAGUUAUUUAUGUAUUUUUCAAAGCGUAGCACACCCAUAUGCCUUCUGGAUAAGGUGGUGGUCAGGUGGGGGGUUGGUCUGACUCUACUGCACUCAGACAAACUCAUAUCUCACCAUGAAAAGGCAAGCCAUUCAUCUGGUAUUGUUUCUAUGGCAACUGUCAUGAGGGUUCAUCAUCAGGGAAGAAGGAAAACUGAGAUGGUUGUGAAACCACUGAGAAUGUUUGUGAGAAUGGAUUAUGAGGAAUGUUUCAAUUAAGAUGUCUAUAUUUUCUUUUUUUGAAGAAGAGGAUAUUCCACUCUAUUCUGAAAUGUAUAUAUAUAUAUAUAUAUAUAUAUAUAUAUACCUUUCUGUGAGUGAUUAUCAAAAAAAAAAAAAAAACGCACACACAAAGAGCUGACAUUUAAACUUAAUGAAUAGCAUUUCCAUGAGUUGAACGUUUACUGGCUCUGACGAUGAGUGAGAAUACAUUUUGUAGGGUUUUACAUAUUUUUGUACAUCUCUAUUCCUGUCCGUGUUAGUAUCGUCUACUGUAUUUCUCAAAAGACUGACUCCCAUUUGUAAAAGCAUGUGAAUUCAAAGUAUGGACGAAAAAAUAUCUAUUUUGGAACUUUUUCCACCAACAGUUUGAAUAAACAUGUAUAUACAGAGGACAACUUCUGGGAAAAAAGGCAGAUCAAUGACCCUCCAUGUCUCUUUGAGAGCUGUUGAGCAAAUUGUAUUGUUGUAGGUAGUGUUAUCAAUAUUGUAUAAUAUGUUGUUUACAGUAUUAGAAUGAUAGAUGGUAUGCACUCAAAUUGCUUACAUAUGUGUGCUAUAGCUAUAGCAUUUCGUUUUCUUUUUUUGUUGUUCUUGUUUGUUUGUUUGCUUUUCGUUCCAUUCCACUUAAUUUUUCCCCUUAGAGUGAUUGCCGUAUAUAGAAAAAGAAAUAUCUAACCUACCUAAAUGAAUGAUCCACUGAUUAGCCUAAUAAUUAGCAUAAAGUUAACCGGAUCUGAUGAGUUUUUGGGUGCAAUCCUGCGGAGAGACAUGCAUACUUUGGUAAGAAAACCACAGAAUAUGUGAACAAAUUGAUUAGUAAACACUCAAUCUAUAUUUGUGAACCAUUUCUAACCAUAUAAAGGACUUAAUCAAUACGAUAGUAUGUACCGACUAAUUCCGCAUCCAGGUGUGUUGGCAUGACAUCCGAUGGAUGAUCUAAAAAAAAAAAUCUGUGCAUUUGGAUCAUGCAAAUGUCUCAUUUAAGACUCUGUUAAUUAGAAUAAAGUCUAAUUAAUUCUAUACAUGUUAUUAAUUAAUUCUCUCUGCUGCUCUCUGCUUUCCUUGUAUGUUAUGAAAUGCAAACAUAUUCUUGAAGACCACAAAGGAAUAAUCCUACAUAAGGAGGUUCGUAUGGUCAAGAUGGUGUUCAAGAUGGUCUAGUGUUGACUUGGAAUACACAAGAAGCCAGUCAGUGAUCCUAUCAAGUCAGUACUCUUGAAAAAUGUCUCCCUUGUGUGUGAUCAUCUCUGUUUGUUAUGUACAUUAGCAUUUGAGUUACUUUUUAGAUGCAAUUGUCUAAGAAUUGUAGUCUGUUUUAUGAGCUGUAAAGCACUGCCUAUGAGCAUAAAUGACAUGAAAACCGUAUUUUAAUUUAUGCAUUACACCACUAUUUUCUGUUUGCAUAUUAAAUAAAACAUCACAUCCUGCUUUUCCACUUUCUACCAGUUGAUGGCACUGAUAUCUAACCCCAGCUGCCUCAAAGGGGUCAUGCAGGUUUUGAUGGUCAUUCUCCUUGACAGGCGUAUGACCCAAGUCUCCAAAUAAAGGUUACGUGUUUAAAACUAUAA